GGGCUACUGAGACUGGAAGCGUGCUUUAGGUUAUGGGCGUGACCUUCUAGAAAGUACGACUUGAGGAGAAAGGAGCCGUGAGACAUGGACAGCUUACCGGAGCCAACGCUUUACACUGUAAGAGCCGCCAUCAUUUUGGACCAGGAUGGGCAUCGACUUCUGGCUAAAUAUUAUGAUAGCACAUUUCCUGCUCUCAUGGAACAGAAAGAAUUUGAAAGGAGGAUAUUUCAUAAGACACAAAGAACUGAAAGUGAAGUGAUACUUGUGGAUGGAGUUACAGUACUGUGCCAGCAUUUAUCAGAUAUCAUGUGCUAUAUUAUUGGUGGACCUGAUGAGAAUGAACUGCUGCUUCUGUCUGCGCUGACUUGUAUAUGCGAGAGCCUGUGUCAUAUGCUGCGGAAAAAUGUGGAUAGAAGUUCUGUACUUGAAAACUUGGAUGCUGUUUAUUUGAUACUCGAUGAAAUAAUAGACCAGGGAGUUAUCUUGGAAAGUGAAUCCCAGCAAGUAAUUCAGAGGCUCAAUUUCAAGACUAUCUCAGAACCAGCGUUUGGCUUUGUGCUGUUUGAUUAUAUCACAGGCAGCAAUGAACAAAAAGAGCCCCAAAGAAGAGCAGUCAUGGACUAAUACUGAGUUCUUAAAGUGGAGUUCCAGGCAAAAAUACAACUUGGUCUUGUUCAAUAGUCUGCCCCAAUCCCCCUCGUUUUUGGAUAUAUGUAUUUUUUUCUCUUU